UUAUUGGCUGCUUUUCUUUAUUAUUUGGUCCAAGUCAUCAAUUUCAAAAACGUAAAUUUUUUUAAAUUACAUUUUAGUUUUAUAAUGAAAUAAAAACAAUAUGUUGGCACAAUUAUAUUUUUGUCUACAAAACUAAUUUCAAACAUUAAGCAUACGCCUUCAGAUCAAAAGAUUUUUAAGAUCAUGACCAGUAGUGUAUAUUAUAUAAUGCAUAAUUCAAGAAAACAGUGCAGCGAGUGGUGGUACUCUGGUGUGAUUCCAAACUGUGUUUAGAGGGGGCGUGUGUAUGCAUGCAUGAUGCAGGCCUUGCUGUACUUGUUUCAUGCAUUGUAAAGUGUGUUUGUUACAUACUGGCCCCACUGUGUUGCCGUUGACUAUGGGUUCAUGCUAGCGACUCUACAAAACCCCCACUGUUUCCUGGCUGUCACCAACAUGGCAGGAAAAAAGAUGAGAAAUAAGGAAACGUGAUAAAAUAUAGAGAGGUUACCACCAUGUUAACGCACACACACACACACACUCUCUCUCUCUUGCGCUACACUUAGUACACCUUAAGAAAUUAUUUCCCUAAAGGUUUACAGUGGAGUGCUUUUGGCUUUCAUAAAUAAGCUGCAACCCAACACUGCAACUCCCCUUUUUUUUCUUUUUUUUCUUGUUUUCUUUACACAGAUGUUGUCUCUUCUUGUUCAAAACUGGACGGACUAGUUAUAAAAAGGAAGAACAUUAUUACAAACAACGGGAUAUAGCCUUCAAACGUAAUAAAAAUUCAAUAAAUAGAAUGACAAUACUCAAGCUUGAUGCCAGUGACACCUUGCAUGAGUUCAUCUUUGUGGAUGAGGCAGGAUUCAACCUCACAAAGCGAAGACAAAGAGGGUGCAACAUUAUUGGCCAACGUACUCUCGUGGACGUCUCUGGCCAGCAUGAGGGUAAUGUUACACUUUGUGCAGCCAUCAGCAACCAUGGACUCCUUCACCACCAUGCUACUCUUGGCCCAUAUAACACUCAACGUCUUCUGACUUUUCUGGAUGGCCUAUGGAAAGCUCUUUUCCAACAUGUCCAGAGAGAAUUGCAGCCUUGUUAUGUUGUUGUUUGGGACAACGUACAUUUCCACCAUUCUGUUCUGGUCCGGAACUGGUUCAUGAAUGAUCCAAGAUUCACAAAUGUGUUCCUUACACCAUACUCCCCUUUCCUCAGUUCAAUAGAGGAGUUCUUCUCAGCAUGGCGGUGGAAGGUCUAUGACAGAAAUCCCUAUGUACAGAACAACCUUCUCCAAGCCAUGGAGGAAGCUUGUGGGGACAUUGCUGUGGAGUCCUGUCAGGGAUGUCUCAGGCAUUCAAGGGCAUUUUUCCCCCGCUGUUUGGCUAGGGAAAACAUAGUCAGUAAUGUUGAUGAAAAUCUCUGGCCUGACCCUGGUCGGUGACAGGAUGCUGACCCAGAAUGAAGUGUUAUUGAUAUUACAGUACUGUAGCGUACUCUAACCCUCUUACCUAGGUGAAAAUGCUCCAUGUUUAUUUCCUUGUUUUCUUAGCCUUCUUUGUUUUCUGCAAAUUCCAUUUUGGUGAAUUUGUGUUGGUGACUUACAGUACUUUACUGUGGCCACUACAGUGACAAGCAUGAUUGUUCAACAAGCAAUUGGAGUACUGUAAUGUAGAAUGUUUGAAUGGAAAAUAAACAUCCUGUAAGAAGGACAACUGAAGUAUUUGUGUGAUUGUAUGAUUCACAUCGUGUCAAACUCAUGGAGUGGAACAUAUCUGAAAUUCAAGGACACAUUAUUGGUUCAUGAAAACCUUUUUAUAAUAGUUUUUUCAAUUCCUCCCAGCAGUGUGUAAAGGGU